GGCUCGAGCCAACUCAAGUCACGCGACCAUGCGGCGCUAUAUGGCCAGCUUAUGUGCAAGAUACCUCGGUUCUGUCUGGCAAGGCUGUUAAACCAGCCGCUUCUGACUACUGAUUAUCUCACCGUGAGAGUACAAAUGUCAUCACCUCGUGUGUCUUGUUCUCUGUUGUUAAUCUGAAUAUCAGCAUUCUGUUCUUUGAGAUAAAUGAUACUCGGGCUUGUUAUAAUUUAUGUGCCGUGCUCGACCGAAACGCGUUGCAGUCAUAGGGGGAGGAUGCGUUGGGAUUACUGCAUUCUGGGCUUUGCAACGGUCUGUACAUGAUGUGCAUCUCUAUGAGGCUUCUAGCCAACUUGGCGGACGGAUCAAAUCCCUUUCAUUUGAAUUCGGUGGCCAAACGGCGCUUGUAGACACAGAGCCCUCUUCGUUCGAUGUUCAUGCGUCUCCGAACCUUGUCUCACUGCUCACUGCCCUGGGUGUCCAUAUAUCACAUACGCCAGUCAGCUUCGCUGUAUCUACUAGUCGUCAAACUAUUCAAUGGGCACUGGGCGACUUGAACCAUAUCUUCACUCGUGGGAUAUCAACCUUCAGACCUAAUAACCUCCGAUUGCUGUUCGAUAUGGUCCGCUUCAGAUAUUUUGUUGCAGACUUUCUCGCCAAUGAUCAGUUGCGAGAGUAUAUCGAUGAAUCGACUAUCUGUACCCAGGAAUAUUUAUCAAACGAAGGCUUCUCAGAUGCGUUUCGUGAGGAGUUUCUUAUACCUUUGGUAUCUAUUCUUUGCAGGGUAAACCUCACUCAUGAGCUCUUGAGAUUGUCUUUAGGGACUCUUUUCCGUUUAUUCUUUCAUCAACAAUUUCUCUAUCCUUCUUCCUCGGAGGAUAUGUGGUAUCAUAUCGAUGGAGGGUCAAGUGGAUUCCUACGAGUGUUGGCACAGAACUUUGCCUCUGCAGAUUUGCGUCUUAACACGAGGGUCACAGAGGUCAAUGCAUCAGAAAAAGGAGGCUAUGUACUCGUUACAUCAACCGGCCAAAAAGAACGAUAUGAUCAUAUAGUCAUAGCCGUUGAUAGCCAACAGGGACUUCAGAUCCUAGAUCCAGUCCUUUCCCAUGGGGAACGGGGAAUUAUGAGAAACCUCCGGACUACCAAGACUAUUGCUGUGCUACACUCUGAUCAUGCCCUUAUGACUGAAUCACAUCAAGACCGGUCUUCCUACCACUACGUAGUGGCACAGAGCGACAGUUCGCAGUCCUCCAGGAAAUCUUGCCUUUCAUACAACAUAAACGCUCUACAGAACCUCCCUCAUAGCCUUCAUGGCAAUAUCACCAUCAGCCUGAACGCACUUACCCCUCCCCACCCCCGGCUCGUCCAGAAUGUAUGGGAAUACACCGACCUAGAGAUCUGCCCCUCAACGAUAAAGGCACUGGCGCUACUCCCGUCUAUUCAGAAUAAACGGGGGCUCAGCUUCUGCCACGAAUGGACAGGACGUGGAUUUCUCGAAGACGCCGUCACGGCAGGUCUGAGAGUUGCGAUUGAGCAUCUAGGAGCCGAGGUGCCUUUUCAGGUCGUUCGACAUGGGGAUUCCAAAUCGUCGAGGCCUCUUCAUUACGAACCAGGGUUGGGAGACCAUGUGAUUCGAACUCUCCUUAGGCUGCUACAGGUAUAUAUCCUCAUUUUCGAGAUUUCUGUGGCUCUGUUGAGAAGAUUUCGGGUUCAUAAAACGGGGAAAGUUUGUUGAAGAAGGAUUUUUCAAAUGGGUUUCAAAGUCCAUCUUGGAGCAGUUGCCAUUUGCACCUCUUCAACUACGAAG